AUGAAAGAAUCACAGGAGGCAAUUUGCGAGAAUGGUCCAAAAUGUUCAGAAAUUGGACUGAAUGGUAAAGAAAUAAACGAUUGUGGUGACAUUUUAAAUCCCUGUACAUAUACUAAGGUAUUAAAAAGUGAAUCUUUAUUAAAUAAGCCUCCGAUUUUAUCAAACAAAAGCAACACAAAGAGAACAGUUAGAGGAAUUGGAGCCAACCGUCGAUACUACUGUACCGAGUGUUCAUACAGCACCCCUCACAGCCAAACAUUAGUAAAUCAUAUGAGGAGGCACAAUGGAGAUCGUCCAUAUCAAUGCAAGUGUGGGAAGAGUUUUACGCAAUCAUCUAGCUUGUCAGCACAUCUCAAAACGCACAGCACUACAACAUAUUUCACUUGUUCAACUUGUGGUAAACAGUUUAAACAUGCCUUUUCACUAAAAAAGCAUCUCAAUGUUCAUAAUUUGGGUCAGUUCUCCUGUGAAAUUUGUUAUAAGCAACUCAAAUCUAGACAGUCUUUAAAUGACCACAUGUAUCGCCAUUACAAUAUAAGAAAUUACAACUGUGAAGACUGUGGCGAUACAUUCAUCACAAGCUCUGAAUUAUUCAAUCAUAAGAAAAAGCAUGUUGAUGAAAGGAAAGUUGAAUGUCACGCUUGUGGUUAUACAACACGCCACAAAAGGAAUUUAAUUAUACAUUUAAAAAGGCAUGCCGGGGAGAAACUAUUUAAAUGCAUAACAUGUGUUGCAUCUUUUUAUACGAGUGGUGACUUACAACGUCACAUGCGCGUCCACACAAGAGAUAAACCAUUUCCUUGUCCCACUUGUAAGCAAAAGUUUGCUCACAGUACAAGUCUUAACAAACACAUGCAUACUAUCCAUGGAGUUGAUUAUAAAUGGGCAGAUUUAAAAUUAUUGGAAUCAAGAAAAGAGAAGCCACCUUAA